GAUACUCUCCACGAGUAUAAAUCUCUUGUUCAUGACGAGGUGGUCGACCGUCCACCCUCUAGCUUUCUGAAUAUGCUCUGGCACUUCAUUGUGCUCUCUACCUCCAUUCUUUCGGCAUACGCGGCGUCUCGCACGUCUCCACCUUCAGGUGCUAUAGUUGUUAAUCCAAGCACGAGCACCUCAGGCCAGUUCAAGACUGUCUCGUCUGCAAUAGCUUCUCUUCCAAACGAUGCCACGUCACAGACAAUAUUUAUUUUCCCGGGGACGUACAAGGAGCAAGUGCUCAUUAACCGCCCCGGGCCCGUAACUUUGCUUGGCUAUACGACAAACACUAUGGAUUUCUCUCAAAAUCAGGCUGUCAUCACUAAUUCUCUAUCUGAGGCGCAGACUGGCAGCGACGAUGAAUCUGGAACAUUGAGAAUAAAGAGUAACAACGUCGCGUUGUAUAACAUUGACGUCAGGAACGACUUUGGUGUUGGGAGUCAGGCUAUUGCCGUCAGCGCAUAUGGAAGUCAGUUCGGUGCAUAUGCUUGUAGGUUCUUCUCAUAUCAGGACACACUUCUUGCUCAAAAUGGAAUGCAGGUCUAUCUGAUGUCAUACAUCGAGGGCGCCGUCGACUACAUAUUCGGCCAGCACGCACGGGCCUGGUUUGAGAGUAACACGCUAGCAAGCAAAGGUGCUGGAUGUAUCACAGCCAACGGAAGAUCCGACGACUCCGACCAAUCUAUCUACGUGUUUAAUAAGAACAAUGUCGUCGCAGCAUCGGAUGCAUUCUCGAAUGUAACUGGUAAAACAUUCCUCGGCCGCCCGUGGCGCGACUAUGCCAGAGUUGUUUUCCUUAACUCGAAUAUCAAUUUGGAGCUCGACAAGGGCGUUUGGAGUGAAUGGAGCUCCUCGAUGCCGAAUACGGACCACAUUCUGUUCGCUGAAUAUAACAGUCAAGGUAGUGGCGUGGCGAAUGCGGCUCGCCCAUCGUUUGUGACAAUACUUAGCAGCAGCGAGGCAUCACAGUAUACCAUCUCGUCGACACUCGGUAGUAACUAUACGAGUUGGGUAGACCAGACCUACCUCUCUUGA